GCUUGGCAUAGCUUUCGCUUAUUACGGCGUCAUCUUGGCCAGCGCUGAGUUACUGGAGCGGGACCUUGUCUGUGGCUCCACGGCACCACCAAUGCAGGACUCUGGCGCUGACUCUGAGGAGAGCCGCAGCCCUUGCCACUGCCGCUUGUUUGGGCCUGCCGCCUACCAGACCAUGAUCAUCAGCACAGUCGGAGAGAUCGCAUUAAAUCCUUUGAACAUUCUUGGCAUCAAUUUCCUUGGAAGACGAUUAAGCCUGUGUAUCACCAUGGGAUGUACAGCCCUAUUUUUUCUUCUCCUUAAUAUCUGCACCUUGAGCACAGGCAUGGUUGGGUUUCUCUUCAUGCUGCAUGCGUUGGUUUCAGCAAACUUCAACACCAUCUACAUUUACACAGCAGAGGUUUACCCUACCACAAUGCGAGCCCUGGGGAUGGGAACAAGUGGGUCAGUGUGCCGUGUUGGAGCUAUGGUGGCCCCAUUUAUAUCACAAGUUCUUAUGAGUGCUUCUUUCAUGGGGGCCCUGUGUCUUUUCUCAUCUGUGUGCAUUGUCUGUGCAAUCUCUGCGUUCACACUGCCCAUCGAGACCAAGGGCAGGGCACUGCGGCAAGUAAAAUGAAAGCGAGUGUUUGAUGUCGAAUUGGGUAGGAAAGAAAAAUAAACCUUUGGAAUCUGUCAUUUCCUGUGAGCUUCAUUUGAUGUUGAUUGCUUCUCCAUACCAUUUCCAUUAUUAAAAAUUGCAAUUGAGCAGUGUAAGAGCCAUGAUUUGUAUAGACAAAUGGCAAAUUUCUCAAGGAUAUUCCCUUUCUUAUGAUUCAAUAAA